AGAAGUAUGUAGUUUAGUAUUACGUAGCGACUGGAGGGUGUUAGGUCAGACGCAGCGGCACCCUAUGAGCUUUGAUCGAUACGACGGUGGUGUGGUGUAAUCGCGAAGAACCCCUCGACAGUCCCGGAAAAUAUACGCGAGCUACGGUGGUCCCUGCUGAGUCCCCGAAAAUGUUUGCAUCUCUGCGGAAUUUCGGCACCAGAGUGAGCGAGUUCUUCACCAGGAAAAAGAAGGACGUCGCGAAGGAAGCCGAAGAAACCGGAGAAAACGUCGAGAACGUAGUCGAUGAACAAAUCGACAAAGCGGCAGACGCUGCCGAGCAAGUCGCUCAGAAUGUGGCUGACGACGCGAGAAACGCCAAAAACGCCUUAAACGAAGACCUAAACAAAGCAGGACGGCAGGUAAAGGAAACCGGCCAAGCUGCCGAAAACACCUUGCAGGAGAGCCUGCUCAACAUAGGCCGAGCCAUAGACAACAAGAUACGCGAAACUGACGAAUCUCUAGCGAGCACUGCGCAAGCCGCAGACAACAAGAAGAAAGAACUAGAACAGGGCCUAGUUAACAUCGGUAGAAAUGUCGACAACACAGUCAAAGACACCAGCCAGAAGUUCAGAGAGACAGAAGAAGCUGUCGCGCAAAGAGUAAGGGAAACAGUCGAAGCGGCCGAAGCUAAACGGAAGGCCUUGGCUGAGGGCGUCCAGAACACAGCUCGAAACGUCGACAACAAGAUAAAAGAGACCGAAGACGCGGUACAGAAGAAGGCUAGAGAAGCGGCCGAAGCUGCCGAGACUAAGAGGCAGGAACUGGCCCAAGGAACUCAGAACUUUGUCAAGAAUAUCGAUAAUAAAAUAAGAGAAACUGAAGAUGCCGCGGCUAAAAAAGCUCGCGAGGCUGCUGAAGCUACCGAAGCCAAGAAGAGAGAAUUAGCUGAAACGGCGCUAAACGUAGCCAAGGGCAUUGACAGUAAAGUCCACGAGACAGCAGAAGCUGCUGAGGCUAGAAGAAAGGCACUAGCUGAAGGGGCACACAACGUCGCCAGAAACAUCGACAGCAAAGUACACGAAGCUGCCGAAGCCGCUGAAGCCAAGAGAAGGGAAUUGGCCCAGGGCGCGCAAAAUCUCGCGCAAAGCGCCGCCAGAAAUAUCGACAACAAACUUCACGAAACGGCUGAAGCUGCCGAAGCUAGAAGGAGAGCCCUAGCUGAGGGAGCACACAACGUUGCCAGGAACAUUGAUAAUAAAGUACACGAAACAGCUGAAGCUGCAGAAGCAAGAAGGAGGGAGCUUGCUCAAGGUGCACAGAACUUGGCCCAUAACGCAGCUGUGGGCGCACAGAACGUAGCGAAAGGUAUCGACAGCAAGCUUCACGACACAGCUGAAGCUGCGGAAGCAAAGAGGAGGGAACUUGCCCAGGGUGCGCAGAAUUUGGCCCACAACGCAGCUGCAGGCGCACAAAAUGUAGUUAGAGGUGUCGACAGCAAGUUUCACGACACAGCUGAAGCUGCGGAAGCAAAGAGAAGGGAACUUGCCCAGGGUGGACAGAAUUUGGCCCACAACGCCACUGUGGGCGCACAGAACGUAGCUAGAGGUGUCGACAGCAAGCUUCACGACACGGCUGAAGCUGCGGAAGCAAAGAGAAUGGAACUGACCCAGGGUGCACAGAAUUUGACCCACAACACAGCUGUGGGUGCACAGAACGUAGCUAGAGGUGUCGAGAGCAAGCUUCACGACACAGCUGAUGCAGCUGAAGCUAAAAGAAGGGAACUCGCGCAAGGCACCCAGAAUCUCGCCCAUAAUGUGGUUACAGGUGCUCAAAAUGUCGCCAGAAACGUUGAUAACAAACUCCAAGAUACCGCUGCUGGCGCACAGAAUAUCGCCGUAAGCGCAGCAAGAGGUAUCGACACUAAACUUCACGACACAGCCGAAGCAGCUGAAGCUAAGAGAAGGGAACUCGCACAGGGGGCCCAAAACUUCGCAUACAACGCAGCAGCCGGCGUCCAGAACACCGCCCAAAACACGGCCAGAACUAUCGACACCAAGCUUCACGAUACAGCGGAAGCAGCUGAAGCUAAACGAAGGGAACUCGCCCAAGGGGCGCAAAAUGUCGCUCAUAAUGCAGCUGCGGGCACCCAGAACAUCGCCAUUGGCGCAGCCAGAACUAUCGACACCAAAUUUCACGACACAGCGGAAGCAGCUGAAGCUAAAAGAAGGGAACUCGCCCAAGGGGCGCAGAAUCUCGCCCAUAACGCCGCUGUAGGAGCACAGAAUGUAGCCAGAAACGUGGAUAAUAAAUUCCACGAAACCGCCGCUGGUGCCCAGAAUGUCGCCAUAAGCGCAGUUAGAGGUAUCGACAACAAGCUGCACGAAACCACAGAAGCUGCCGAGGCUAGGAAGAGGCAGCUGGCGCAGGGAGUCGGCAGUUUCGAAAGCGCAUUUGAAGACAAACUGAGGCAAACAGGUGGGGCCAUAAACCAGAAGGCUCAAAAUGUCAACACCGGCUUUCAUAAUGCAGAGAUCGCGAUGGACAAUAAGCUGAGGGCCGCUGGACACAACUUGCAGCAAGGAGCGUCCAGCGCCCAGAGUGCCCUAGGAAACACCGCGAGAAAUAUCCACGACGCCGCUAACCAAGAGAAACAAAACGUACAGAGCAAUUUGCAACAGUUCGGUCACAAUGUCGACAAUCGAUUAAGGCAGACGGGACAGGCAGUCGAUAAUAAGCUGCAGGACGUGUCCCACUUCUCAGAUAACAAAAGAGAAGGGGCGAUCGACGACCUGGACGAGGCGAACAAAAGGGCACAUGCAGGCCUGGACGAGGCCGCCAACGUAGCUUCUAAUCUUUUUGGCAAAAGCUUGAUUUCACAUAAAUAAAUGUUACAACGAAAUCACGAACACGCUUAACUUAGAUUAGUGAGAAAAAAAAAAUGGAAACAAGUAUUACUAUUACCGUCAAUUGUAUAUGUCCAGGAUAUUUAAUUUAAUACUCAUUUUAAUAUGUGUGCCUUCACUAUAGCUGCAUACAGAGUGCCUAAUGGAUCCGAAGAGGAAAAAACGAGACUUGUAGAAAGAUUCACGCAGGUCGCUUUAUAUUUAAAUUACAAAAAAAAAAAUACUGUAUAUUUAUUGUUUUACCCGUAGCUGUAGCCUGCGAUGUUUAUAUUUUUAUAUGUAUAAAAUAGAACAGCUAUUUUGCUAUUGGAAACUGUUAUCUAAAUUCGCAUAAUAUUGUUUGUACAUUUUUGUAAUAUGUAUUUUAUAUUUUAAUACCAAGUAUAUAUUUUAUUGUAUUUCUGUUAUAUUACCUCUAAUAUGUGGAAAUAAAAAGUAGUGUUACAUAG